UCGCUGGGGUUAGUAUCGUGGGGGUUGCUCUGUAAACUGUGGACUCGGGCUGUGUUGGCCGCUGUUUUUCCGCUGACUUGGAACAGCGAGUCUCGUUUCGCUCAUUUGUUGCGAGUUGGCUGCUGCUGCUAGCGUUAGCUCCCCCUCACUGUGGACUCUUCAGCUAGCACACUAGCCACUCUUAGCUACUCAACUGGCCAUUUCUGACUGUCUGCACAGCUUGUGAGGGCAACAGUCUCUGUCGGCUGUCAGACAAGCUAUAAGAUCCUUUACACAGGCGCUGGAUAAAAUGCCGGCCCCAAAGAGAGGACCAACUCCUCAUGACUCUCAGCCCAAGAUGAGGAAGUUGGAUGAGGAUGGGGAGGCACUUCCAUCCAAAACUGCACCAGCUACCAUUAAUAGGUCCCUGAAAACAGGAAAUUCGCAAGAAAAGUCAGCAGCCCCCCGGACCAAGAAAAAACUGUCCACUUCAGCAGAAGAGGGAAAUAAACCAGCCAAGUCAUCCAAACAGAGCUCGCCUUCGAAGGAUCCCAGCAAAACCAUUUCUGACCCGCCUAUCAAAAAAGCCAAGCUCCUGAACACCACAAGUGCCUCCUGCGGAGAAGCUCCCUCACAGAAAGCUAACUCCAAAGCUUCCCUGAAGCGAACAGCCUCUACAGACUCUGACGAUGAGUUGAGUAGUGACAGCAGUAAGAUUGACCUCUUUCGAGAGAGGGAUGAUGGUGACAAGGCCCGCUGUAUCAGAAAAUAUUCUAACAAAGCGAAGCGUAAGGCUGAAGAGUCAUCCUCUGACCCACAGGAAACAAGCCAAGGGUUACCAUCUGCACCUACAGACCCCGUACAGAUGGACCAUAAUUAUGGCAGAUUCUCAGAUUUGCCAGAUAGUCAAAAUGUGGGUGAUGCUAAUCAGAAUGAGAAAAAAGAAUCUGCAGAGUCUCUUACAGAACUCAGGAGACAAGAAAAGUCAGAUAAUGCAGCACAAGCAGAGUCAAAGGAGACUUCAGUCUCUGUGUCAGGCAGUGCUAAGACUAGUAAACAUGAGGAAUUAAAAAAUUCAGAAAGCCAAAAGCUCAUAGAUAAUGACACACUACCAUCAUCUAGAGGAAUAUUACACUCUGCAGCUGCUGCAGCUGCAGAUGCUCCUUGCAUCACACCUGAGGCUGAGGAAAAUGAAAAGGAGUUGUCCACCAAAAGCCGAAAGGAUGUAGAUGAUAAAACACUAGCACUGACAGCGGAAACACUAUGCUCUCUUAGUGGAGAGGUGAUUCCAAGCUGUGAAGGGGAAGAUGAGGCACAUGAAACAGCAGGCUCAGCUUGCAGACCAGAAAGUCAGACAGGUGUGAGCAGUGAAACUGAAAUAAAGGAGACCACAGAGUUUGUUUCUGAAGGAAUGGACCUGAAUAGAAAAUGUAAAACUAAGGAGAGUGAAUGUGAAAUGAAAGGAGUGAUUGAAGCAGCCAGUGCCUCAGCAGAGCUUAAAGAUGUAGGUAUAGAAGAGAAAGUGUUGUCAAACAAAGCAAACUCUGCUCCAGAAGAGAUCCUGGUAGGAAACAGUAAUCCAGAGAGCCAAACAGACCUCAGUGUCAAAAUCCAAGUUACCUUUAAAGAACAGUCGAAAUCUGUACACAUGCCAGACCAAGUGCCAGAGAAAAUUACCAACUCCUGUGAUGGGGUGAACAAAGUAGUCAGAAAGUCUGAAGAAAAGCUUGAAGAAAGUGAAAGAAAAGGAGUUGAAUUCCAGUCGACUCAGUCUGUUGCCGGUCCCGGGUCUUUUGUUGAGGUACAGCUGAGCAGUGGCGUGACAAACAAGAUGACUGACAGCUGUGCUCAAAUAUUGACACCUGAUUGCGAGGCAAUGCACGGGCAAAAACAAAGAGAGGUGCUACCUGAAUGUGUCACAGUCCAAGAGAGUCAAAUAGACAUGGGCAUGCAGACUAAAAUAACAUCAGAGGGGAUGUCUGACUCAGCACCUGGAGAGGCUGCACAAAACCAGGAGAACCACAGAGGUGACGACCACACUACAGAAAUACCUGCUGAAGAUGUGAAGGUAAAGUCGACAAGUAUGGAAAAAGAAAAGGGGGUGAACUUUGAGUGUGCCACUGCACCAAGUAGUCAAAACAAAAUGGAUACACAGACCACAACGACAUCAGAGCAGGAGAUUUCUAAUCCAGCCUCUGCACAAGGCCAGAAAAUCCAAGAGGUUGGUGAAGCUGUCACAGAUGUAUCUGCUGAAUUUAAUAAGGAUGGUGUGGUUGAAAAUUCUAAAAUUGUGGAAAUGCAGACCACAUCGACAUCACAGAUUUGUCAUGCAGCCCCUAAGGUGGAAAUACAAAAUCAGAAAGGAGAUGUUGUGAGUGAAAAUCCUGAAAAAAUUGAGAGCUCUGUGUGUGCUACUGGACCCCAGAGUCAAAACAAAAUUGAAAUGCAUACAACAUCAGAGAUUUCUAAUCCAGCACCUACACUUGAGGUGAAAAGGCAGGAGAGCCCAGAAGUGAGUGAACCCACCACAGACAUAUCUAAUAAAGCAAACGAACAUCCAGCUACAAAUUGUCAGAGCACAGAAGACGAAGACAGGGUUGAUGCUGAGUGUGUCGCUGCUCCAGAGAAUCAAACACAAGUGGAUAUGCAGACUGCAGCUACAUCGCAGGAGCUUUCUCACCUAGCAUCUACAGUGGAAAUACAAAACCAGAUGAGUCAGGAAGUCAGUGAAUCUACCACAGACAGGCCUGAUGAAUUUCAUGAGGAUCAAAAAGUUGAAAAUUCUAAGUUUGUGCAAAAUGAAAACAAGGCGAACGUUUGAACCCAUGGCUGCACCAGAGUGUCAAAUGGAAAUGGAAUUGCCUAUGACAGCAACAUCAGAGAUCUCUAACUCGGCUCCUUCAGUGGAAAUACAAAAAAUAAGAACCACAACACCAGGGGAUGUAACUAACACAUCACCCACAGUGGAAAUGAAAAGCCAGGAAGUCAGCGGACAUGCUACGGACAUAUCUACAAAGGUUCACGACGACCUAAUGGUUGAAAA